AGACCACGUGGGCUUCCUGGUGGCUAAGGGCGCAGGUGGAGGUUCUCUGCCGGGUGCGUCAUGGCUGGUCCUGUGCACGGCGGUGGGGCCGGGGCUCUGGACCUGCUCCGGGCCCUACCCCGUGUGAGUCUGGCCAACCUAAAGCCGAAUCCAGGCUCCAGAAAACUGGAAAGACGACCAAGAGGUCGCAGAAGAGGUAGAAAAUGUGGCAGAGGCCAUAAAGGAGAACGGCAGAGAGGAACACGGCCCCGACUGGGCUUCGAGGGAGGCCAGACCCCAUUUUACAUCCGAAUCCCCAAAUAUGGGUUUAAUGAAGGACAUAGCUUCAGACGCCAGUAUCAGCCUUUGAGUCUCAACAGACUGCAGUAUCUUAUUGAUUUGGGUAGAGUUGAUCCUACUCAACCUAUUGACUUAACCCAGCUUGUCAAUGGGAGAGGUGUGACCAUCCAGCCUCUUAAGAGGGAUUAUGGUGUCCAGCUGGUAGAGGAGGGUGCUGACACCUUUAAGGCAAAAGUUAAUAUUGAAGUACAGUUGGCUUCAGAACUAGCCAUUGCUGCAAUUGAAAAAAAUGGUGGUGUUGUUACUACAGCCUUCUAUGAUCCGAGAAGUCUGGAAAUUUUGUGCAAACCUGUUCCAUUCUUUCUGCGGGGACAACCCAUUCCAAAACGAAUGCUUCCACCUGAAGCCCUGGUCCUGUAUUACACAGAUGCAAAGAAUCGUGGUUACCUGGCAGAUCCUGCCAAAUUUCCUGAAGCGAGACUUGAACUUGCCAAGAAGUAUGGUUAUAUUUUACCUGAUAUCACUAAGGAUGAACUCUUCAAAAUGCUUAGUACUCGAAAGGAUCCAAGGCAGAUUUUCUUUGGUCUCGCUCCUGGAUGGGUGGUGAAUAUGGCAGAUAAAAAAAUCCUAAAACCUACAGAUGAGAAUCUCCUCAAGUAUUAUAGCUCAUGAAUUCUUUCCAAGAAGACAGAGUUGUAAACAUGUACUGGAAAAGGGAAUGAAACAUAGUAUUUCUCAUUGCAUUUUCUUAAUUUGUAAUUCUCCAGAUUUUUUUUUUUUUUGAUGUCUUCUGUGUACUUAUCUCUCUCCACCUUUCAUUCUCCCCCUCCUCCCACCCUCUCUCUUUAAAAUUAAAAGUGCAAUAAGCAAAGACUGCAUAGAGGUACUGAAACUGGGUUCUGUCUCAAAGAUACAAACUCCUUGGUGAUCUGCCAAAAGAAGAUUAUAACUUUUAGAAUAUUUCUAGUUGAUGUUUUCAUGAUCUUUUCAUCCAGGUUUUGUCUGGUUGUUGCAAAUCAGAAUGAAUGUGCAAAUGGAAUGAAACUGAUUUGUUGUAGGCCUGCUGCUCAGUCAGAGUUAGAGCAGUUGCCAGUGAAUUGAUGCCUCCUUCUUCAUCAGUAGCCUCAAGGAAGCUCUGCUACCCAAUGUAAGACGAUAGCCUUCAACUAAAGGUGAUUAUGAUGUGGGAUGUGAGUUUAAGGUUUAAGACUGGAGAAUGGUUUCUAAGCAGUACCAUAUUUGCUAGCAAAAUUGAAACAAAAAUUCCAAAUGAAUUUAUUUCAACUGCGAUGCAUAGACAAUGAAUGAUUUAGCUAUUCUUGAAGAAAAUAAGUUUUCUGAUUCUAAUUAAUAUACAUUUAACUUAUUUCAUAGAUGUUGGCGAUAUCUGUUUUUCAUUUUAAAUGAUGUUGAGAAAAUUGUUCAGCAAGUAUAUAAGCCAUGAAAACAAUUGGUAAUGUGAAAAUUAAUGAAAAGAUUCAGCAGUCAAUUAGCUUAUUUAGCUUUUCAAAGAUAUAUUGUAUCUAAACCAUAAGAAAGUACAAUGUAUCUUGAUGCAAUUAAAUCUUACAUAAAUCAUGGUAAUUUUUCCACAGUAGAAAUUAAGUGAUUCUUGGCUCUGUAUUUUCUUAAAAUAAAAAAUUUAAAAAUCUAAA